AUGAUCGAUCCCCAAUUAGGAGCUGUACAGUGGCGCCACCAUGUCAUAGCAACUCUAGACCCCCAGCGAACUUUUGAUUGGCAGUUCACAGGAAGUGGAGGGAAGAAACUAGUGCCUGAAAGUUUCAUUCGCAUUUUACUGCAAAAUGACGAGUUUUCGGGAUAUAUUACUACGUUGAUCAAAUCACAUAGGCAGCCAUGAAUGGACGCAGUUCAAGUGAGAGCAUUCAAAUGACAAAGGGCUCAGAUAUCCCAUCAGUUCGUGUCCAAGCAGAGACUCCUCUUCCACUUUCCAACAGGACCACGCCUAUACCAAACAAUGGAAAUGCUCAGAAACCUUCUGUCCAACUUCCUGCUAUUUCAUCCAAUCGUCAAGUUGUCAAUGCUGGACAGCCAGUGGUCGUUAAGGAAGAGAGUCCCCAGAUAAGUCCACGGCAACAAUCUAUCACGCCAACAUCACAAUUGAUAUCAUCCCAACAUGAUCUGAGCUAUAACCUGGUGACUGAUAGACAAUCGAUAUCAUCUCAGAAGCCAUCAAAACAAGACUUGAAUAAUUCUAGUGGAUAUGGGCCACAAUGUAUUGGACUGGGUACUACUGGGAAUACAUCAAGACCUCAAAGUACAAGCAAUCACAAUAUCAGACUAGAGCCACUGAAAAGUAACAAUAAAUCGAAUCAUUCACUGCUGUCACAUACGCAGCUAUCGAGCAGUGCCAGUACUCUCCAGCUCCCGAAUCAAUCUCUAACUCAGUCCCAGUCCCCAACGCCCAGUGAGAUUUCCAGCAUUCGACUGAACACACGUAAUAGUCUCAACACACCUACACUUUCAGUGAUAUCAUCCGAUGCAAUCACACCUAGUGGGGAUAAAAAUGUAUUUCUGGAACCAUAUCCGGUGGUUAAAAAAGAGUGGCAUCAGUUCCCUGUGUUACCGUCUCUCAGUUCCCAGGGUAAUGGCUCUAUUGCGGGGAGUGAAGCAAGUGAGAGUCAGUUCAUGCCCCCGGGAAGUGCAAUGUCUCACUAUGCCAGUAGUAACCACUCCCUGUCCCCAUUCCCUCAUCUUAUGGAAUACUCUCCGUCCCUGUCUAGCUUUGCCAGUCCAAGACACUCGGCACGAUCUCGCAUGUCAAAGAAACGACAGCUCUCUGUGUCACCUCUUUCAUCAGAGGGGCUUGAUCUUAAUUCAAUAAUACGGACAUCACCCACAUCAUUAGUGGCAUAUAUCAAUGGAUCUCGUAGUUCAUCUGUUAGUUCAUCUCCCCAGUUUGGUCACCAUGCUGGUACAUAUGGACAUCUGGCAGCUCGUAGUGCCAUGGGGAGCCCCAUGUCUAUAUCCUCUGGUGGACAGAUGCAUCAUAGCAGAUACAUGGGGAGCCUACAUCAGAGCCAAGCCUCUAUGGGACAGUUUAAGAAGGAGGGUUUUGAGGCAGAUGACUGUAGUGUUAUUAGCUAUAUGGCCAGUUUAGAACAAGGGCAAGUUAGGCAUGAAGGUAAUGCCGUUGUUGCUAAUAAUCAGGUUGUUAUACAACAACAACAACAACAACAGAAUCACACCCUAGUAAAUGCAUAUGCACCGGCAGAUAACAUUCAUAUCAAUAAUAUGACCCCGUUGGAUAUCCCUAACUUAAAUGCUUUAGACAAUAUAGAUAUGAGCAGUCUGAAUGAUGUUGAUCCAAUGAACACUGAACACAUGAAUGCUCUGAAUUCUCACUUAGGAUCAUUCAACCAUGGUCCUCUUAUAGCAUCUAAUGCUCCCAAUACGAACACCCCAGUGGUGCACCCUACAACGUCAAUGAAGCCACCCAUCCAUCCACAGCACCCUCCACCCACAUAUGCCCAAGCUAUAGAGCAACAGCAGUAUGUUAAAAGCCACACAACUCUCAGCAAUGGCCACAGCACACCAGGAUGUGACAGUGAAGAUGGGGAAAAUCGACCACUGAUAUGUAAGUGGAUCGACUGCAACCAGAUUCACUCGGAGCAGGACGAAUUGGUAAGGCAUAUCGAGAAGGUCCAUAUUGACCAGAGAAAGGGAGAAGACUUCACAUGUUUCUGGCAAGCUUGUCCAAGACGCUUCAAACCUUUCAAUGCCCGCUACAAGCUGCUAAUACACAUGAGGGUCCAUUCUGGGGAGAAGCCAAACAAGUGCACGUUUGAAGGCUGUAAUAAAGCAUUUUCCCGCUUAGAGAACUUGAAGAUUCAUCUGCGAUCUCAUACUGGGGAGAAGCCGUACCUUUGCCAACAACCUGGCUGCACUAAAGCAUUUAGUAAUUCUAGUGACAGAGCUAAACAUCAACGAACUCACUUAGACACGAAGCCAUAUGCCUGCCAAAUCCCUGGGUGCACAAAGCGCUAUACUGACCCAAGUUCCCUUAGAAAACAUGUCAAAAAUCACUCUCAAAAAGAACAACAGGCUAGGAAAAAGUUACGUCCAGGCGACAGGCCUGAAUUUAGCCCAGAUUUGAAUGAUUGUCUAACAAUCCAUUCACUGCGGCCUGAGGAUUCACCCCUUGGCUCUACAACAGAUAGUGGUAUCGGGCGGUCUCCUCAUGGCUCUCAUCCUGGUACCUCUGUUGACAUGUACCCAGGUUAUUCAAGCACCCAUUCUAGUCGCAGUGGCACUGCCACAGGAACAUCCAACUUCAGUCACAAUCACUCCCCGAUAAGUAUGCACGGGAGUCCAAUGGCGCCAUCUAUGACAAUACGGAGUGACUCCAGUGAGGGAGGUGUAAUGGGAGGUGGUUUCUCUCCUCAUCCUCCACAGAUGGUUUCCCCAGGAAGGCGGUCCCUUCCCCCUGCUCUACAGCAGCGACGCACCCCCCAGCCAAUCUCAUCUAGUCCACACGUUAACGUCCCCAGUAUGACCCAGCAGAUACAACAGAUGGCUAAUGGUUACCAACAACAGUCACCCCUCCCACUUCAUCAAUCCCCAAUGCCAGUUCAGCAGCAAUCCCCAAUGCCAGUUCAGCAGCAAUCCCCAAUGCCAGUUCAGCAGCAAUCCCCGAUGCCAGUUCAGCAGCAAUCCCCGAUGCCAGUUCAGCAACAGUCUCCAAUGCCAUAUCAACAACAACAAUCUCCUAUGCCAUUUACUCCAGUCACUCCACAAAUGGCCCCUAAUGGAGAACAACAUAAUAACAGCUAUAAUAAUAUGAACAAUCAGGGACACCAGAUGGCCAUGCAGCCAUCGCAGAGCAAUAAUAACUACGCAUCACCCGAUCUUUAUGCCAAUCAAAAUAAUAUAACUAGAGAAAAUAGUGCCAGAGGACUUUUACCAUCUUAUAUCCCUACAUUUGAAGAGACGUUAACUAACUUACCAUACGACCAAAUGCAGCGAGCUAUUUCAAAUUAUUCUGGGUAUAGCGAACACCCCCCAGCUGCAAUGCCAGGGGAGCAGUAUGUUGACCCCACAGGCGUGUCCCUGCCCCUAGGGAGCCUCCCUCAUGAUGACAAUCAAUACCUGCAGUUAAACGCAAUAGACCGCUGUAACAGUAGACUAUCAGCUGUAUACGCAGAUGGCAAUUCAUGAGAGGGUACUGUCUAAAACAAGGAAUGGGCAAACUCUAAAAUGUGGAAUAUGUGAAAAGGAAAUAAGAUGGAGAUGGAG